GUUUUGAACUGUGUCCACAUCCCGCCCACUCACUCACGCUCCUCUCUCUUCUGCCUAUAUUAUCGGUUAUCACUCUCAACCCACUUUGCUUUUCUCUUCUCUUCAAAGGUAUGAGCAAGAUUUUCAUUUGAAAGAAUUGGGUUGCUCUUCUUCGAGGCACACACAAUGGAUAAAGUAAAUAGAGUUUGUGCCAAAGAUGAAGAGCGUCCACUCCGAAUCACCAGAGCAAGAGCUAGAGCCUUGAGAGGGAUUACUCCAUACUCAAGACCCUCCUUAAAAAAUGAGCAGAAAAAUGUGCUUCGAGCACAUCCGAAAAGAGCAGCAUCUUCUGAAAACAAAACUUCUGUGGUUGUUCCUGCUGUUGUCCAACAGAAGGGAAGGGCAGUGCUUUCAGAUGUAUCAAACAUGUGUGCAAAACCACAUGAUAAGUGUACUAAGUCAUCAAAGUUUCAGGCCAAAGGAGUUUAUACAAAGAAAACCACCAAGCUAGCAGCCUUAGGUGUUUCCACUGAGGUUUCAUCAACACAAGAGAAUGUUAGAGCAAAGUUGGCUGAAGAAUUAUCCACAAUAAGGAUGGUAGAAUCAAAGGACACCAUAAGAGAAGGUGUUACAGCAGACACUGCACUUUCAAUGCAAAACUCUCUGAAAUCUGAUGAGCUCCAGAGCUCUCCAAACAAAGACAUACAUAUGAUUUGGGAGAAGCUAGGAGCCUCAGACUCCCUGACUAUUGUGGACAUUGAUUCUGAGUUAAAGGAUUCUCAAGUUUGGAGUUCUUAUGCCCCUGACAUAUACAGCAAUAUUCAAGUCACAGAGCUUCAAAGGAAACCAGUGGCCAACUACAUGGAUAAGCUGCAGAAAGAUAUUAAUCCAACUAUGCGAGGAAUUCUGGUUGAUUGGCUUGUCGAGGUUUCUGAGGAAUACAAGUUGGUUCCAGACACACUUUACCUGACCGUGAACCUCAUUGAUCGGUAUCUCUCAACAAGGCUCAUUCAGAAGCAAAGGCUCCAGUUGCUUGGUGUUACUUGCAUGCUGAUUGCAUCAAAAUACGAAGAGAUUUGUGCACCUCGAGUGGAGGAAUUUUGCUUCAUCACAGAUAAUACAUACUCAAAAGAAGAGGUAUUGAAAAUGGAGAGAGAAGUACUGGAUCUUGUGCAUUUUCAGUUAUCUGUUCCCACAAUCAAAACUUUUCUAAGGAGAUUCAUCCAAGCAGCACAAUCUUCUUACAAGGCUCCUUGCGUUGAACUGGAAUUCCUGGCAAAUUAUUUAGCAGAGCUUGCUCUUGUUGAAUGCAACUUUUUCCAGUUUCUACCUUCCCUUGUAGCUGCAUCCGCUGUGUUCCUUGCCAAAUGGACCCUGAAUGAGUCAGAACAUCCAUGGAAUCCAACUCUGGAGCACUAUACAAAAUACAAAGCUUCAGAGCUCAAGACUGUUGUUCUUGCACUGCAAGAUCUGCAACUUAAUACCAAAGGAAGCUCCCUGAAUGCUGUCCCUGAGAAGUAUAAGCAACAGAAGUUCAAUUGUGUGGCAAACUUGUCUCCAAAACCGGUGCAGUCACUCUUCCAGGACAAAGUGUAAAUGUUUUUGGCUGCUCCCAUAUUAAAGACUUAAAGGAUGAGUUGAGAGAAUUUCUGGCAGUGAUGGUUGAAACCAUCAUCAUCAGUUGUUACAUAUUUCACCAUUCUUUUCAUCAUCAAUCCCCCACUUAGUAAGUAGUGUCUGUUCCGUAAUUGUAACAUGUAAGAUGAUGUCAAAUUUCUGGUUCUUCCAGAUCUCUUUGUUUUGUAAAGGGAAAACUGUUGCGGGAUGAUACAGUUCAAAGAGUGAGUUGAUGUACUAACACCAAUUAGGCUCAUUAAGCAACAAAGUCGUAUAGUUGCUUGCUCUCAACAUUUUGUACUGAAACAUUUGUAAUGUAAUAAAAAUUACAUUACAUACAAUUUAUUUUCUAUUUCUA